CGGCUGCUCUCAGACCUUCAGAUGGUGAACAUCUCUCUGCGAGUUCUGUCCCGGCCGCUGGCGUCCAACCUGCCCGUCCUCUACCAGCAGCUGGGACAAGACUACGACGAGCGCGUCCUGCCGUCCAUCGUCAACGAGGUGCUGAAGAGCGUCGUGGCAAAGUUCAACGCCUCGCAGCUCAUCACGCAGAGAGCUCAGGUGUCCCUGCUGAUCCGCAGAGAGCUGUUUGAGCGGGCGAAAGACUUCAACAUCAUCCUGGACGACGUGGCCAUCACCGAGCUCAGCUUCAGCCGAGAGUACACCGCCGCGGUCGAGGCCAAACAAGUCGGUGAGUAGAAACGGCGCGACCUCUGA